UUAGACAUCUGUAUAGAGUUUACAGUCUAUGGCUAAACGCGUAUCCCCUAAUCGCCGGUAUCUAUCUGACAAGACCUCAUUCAUUUAUCGUUAGAAGAAUUUUCCGGAGUAGUCCAGAAUACAGAUGGAAACAGAGCCAUCUUGUGACGAUGAAACUGUACUAAUUUUUAAACCUAUUUUGCCUUCUUAAACUGCUCUGUGAUUAUAUACAUUCAGAUUCUAUUUUUGUUGGGAAGAUCGUUAGCGUAAGCUUGUAUCAUACGUAUUCGAAAGAUAAUAUUUACACAAAUCGAAAGAUGCCAAAAGUAAGAAGAAGUAAGAAGCCUCCACCUGAUGGCUGGGAAUUGAUCGAACCAACGUUAGAGGAAUUGGAGCAGAAAAUGCGAGAAGCCGAAACAGAACCUCACGAAGGCAAACGGAAACAAGAAUCUUUGUGGCCGAUUUUCAAAAUCCACCAUCAGAAAUCACGUUACAUAUACGAUUUAUAUUACAGACGGAAAGCCAUAAGUCGCGAAUUAUAUGAUUAUUGUUUGAAUGAAAACAUAGCAGAUAAAAAUUUGAUAGCGAAAUGGAAGAAAGUGGGGUAUGAAAACUUGUGUUGUUUACGGUGUAUACAAACCAGAGACACCAAUUUUGGAACAAACUGUAUUUGUCGAGUUCCUAAAGGAAAAUUAGAAGAAGGUAGAAUAGUGGAAUGUAUUCAUUGCGGUUGCAGAGGAUGUUCUGGAUAAUGUUUGAAAGUUAAUGUGCGUGAAGGUGCCUGUGGUUGUACAUUUAUUUGUCUCGUUAACACACGAUACCUCACGAGUUUCUAAGAACUCUAUUGCAUACCGACAAUUAAUGGAAGCAUAAGUAAAGGUAAACGUUCAAAACGUGCACAUUCCUUGCUCCAGUUCUGAAUAUAAAACCUAUAUAAUUGCUACCAGAUUUAUUCAUCAUAUUGUAGCGAGUAAGUUUUCCAGGUUGGAAUAUAUUGCACGAGAACUGGGAAUGUACAAACGAAUAAACGAUUCUUGACUUUGGAAUAGGAAAAGCAUGUUAUGUUCGUUUCGCACGAAAUAUUUUUUAUGCUUUGAUGUCCAAAUGUUUUCUAUUUAUAGGUGAGAAGUUUCCAUUGAGUUUGUAAAGCGAUCUGUAAAAGAAUAAAAGGAUGGGAGAAAA